CCACCCACCACCCCCACUCUCAACAGCCCCCCCCCACUGCCAUUCUCGACACUGUCGAUGCUGUGGACAGAACGCACUUCGGACGACUACCUCUCUGACCUUGUCUUCACCCUCAACCCUUGAUUUUCCUCUACUCGCGUAGGAACAUCCACUCAAACAUCACACCCCAUCUCACCAUGUCGUCGUCCAUUCUUCGCCCCCUCGCCCACUCUGCUAAGACGGCCCUCGGCCGUCGCGCCCUUGCGACGCCUACCAACGUGCACCCCAGCAUGCUCCAGACGGUCCUCCCCGCCGUCGUCCCCGCCGCCCUCCACCUCAAGACUGGAGAGUCGUACUACGGCACAAACUUUGGCUCGACCAACUCCAAGUAUGGCGAGACCGUCUUCUCCACCUCCAUCACCUCUUACACCGACUCGAUGACCGACCCCUCGUACCGCGGUCAGCUUCUCGUUUUCACCUCCCCUAUGAUUGGCAACUACGGUGUCCCCUCCAACUCUCCCCUCCCGGAGACCCCCGGCAUCCCUUUCCUCGAGUCCGAGGGCAUCCAGUGCGCCGGCGUCGUCGUCUCCGACGUCGCCCUCAAGUACUCGCACUACCAGGCAAUCGAGUCCAUUCACGAGUGGUGCGCCCGCCACGAUGUUCCCGGCAUCUCUGGCGUCGACACUCGUGCCAUCACCACCCUCCUCCGUGACCAGGGCACUACCCUCGGCCGUCUCGCGGUCGGCGACGAGGCCGAGUACGUUCCCAAGGCCGACGAGUACUGGGACCCCUCCAAGGAGAACCUUAUCUCCCAGGUCUCCACCAAGGAGCCUUACCAGCUCAACCCCAACGGCAAGGGCCCCAAGAUUGCUGUCCUCGACUUUGGGUCCAAGGCCAACAUCCUUCGCUCGCUUGUCAAGCGCGACGCCCGUGUCACGGUCCUUCCUUGGAACUACGACUUCAACGCCGUUCGUGACCAGUACGACGGUCUCUUCCUUUCCAACGGCCCCGGUGACCCGACCUCGAUCAUGGAGACCGUCCACCGCGUCACCAAGACCAUCAACGAGUGGGACAAGCCCAUCUUCGGCAUCUGCAUGGGCCACCAGAUUCUCGGCCUCGCCGCCGGCAUGGAGACGUACCGCAUGACCUUUGGCAACCGUGGCCACAACCAGCCCGUGCUCGCCCUUGCCUCGUCGGGCUCGAUCAAGGCCGGCCGCGUCUACGUCACCUCGCAGAACCACCAGUACGCCAUCAAGCUCACCGAGGACUUCCCCGCCGGCUGGGCGCCCUUCUUCAUCAACUGCAACGACUCGUCCGUCGAGGGUAUCAUCUCCACCCCCGAGUCGGGCAAGCACAUCUGGGGCGUCCAGUUCCACCCCGAGUCCGCCGGCGGCCCUCUUGACACCCACCCCAUGUUCACCGACUACGUCCAGGCCUGUGCCGACAAGUCGGCCUCGGGCAUGGCCACGUCCGAGCUCAAGGUCGACACGCACGCCGCUGCUGCCGCCGCCGCCGCGUCGGCGUGAGAGAGUGAGAAGUCCAUUGUAGAUUACACCAGGGUUAUGCAGCAUUGCACAUUUC